GAAAGACAGUGAGACGAGUCCAUUGACCGCUCAUAUCGACUUGCCUGCAAUGAAGACUUCCAUAUCAAACAUAGCGUGAGCUCAGAGACGCUAAACUUCUGUUUAUUGGGCCCUCAUGAGUCUGCAUCCGGUAGAGAAAAAAGCACCGAUAUCCCGAUGUGGCUUGUGUUCAAUACGUCAUGACAUCCCUUGGUGCCAUUGCAGAAUGCUGGUGGAAUAUUUCAACAGUAGGAGACCAAAACAAGGCCACCAGGUAUAGCUUGGAAGUGGAGGCACAGAGUUCGCAGUUUGUGAAAGGAAGUUGAUCGCUCGUUUUGUUAGCCAUACAGUCCAUCCCACUCUUCCUCCUCAUCGUCAGGAGCGGCAUUCUUUUUGAUCUCUUCCAACAGUUUCUGUUUUCGAUCCCGCUCCCGCUGCGCCAGAUCCAUUCUAUCGAGAGGACAGGUCCCAUUCAAAAGAAGCCAGGGCCUGAUGCACUCCAGAUCGAAGAUAUGAGUCGGGUGACAGGGUAGCCGUACCACAAGUGGAUGAGGGUCGUCCACAAAUGCAUUUCCACAGAUCGGGCAUUCCGCAUCCUUCUUGACCGUCUUGAUAUUGACCCGCUCGAGGCCAGCAAUGUAUUCCUCGUCCACACCUUUCACUUCCCGAGGUGGAUGUUCGGCUGCUUCUAUCAAGGAGCUGAUCAUGUCUUGGAGGAGAUUCGAGUCUGCAUGGUCAUUUUCUCUUUGAAUUAUUUGAAAUGCUUCGGCGAGUGAGGUAAAUGCGGCCGACACAUCGCCGGGUACUGGAAGAGCAUAUUCCCGCGCUCUCUCCUCCGGUCGAUCGGGGGUAAUCUGGGACAGAAGAUUGAAGAAGGAAGAAAGGUCCGGCCUGCGUGGACGGCUUUCGGUUUGAUCUACUCGAUCGAUGCCGUGUUCAGCUAUUGAAGGAUGGUCAAUUUCAUGUCUGCACUCCCGGACUGAAGCCCUCACUUUCGUAACUUGCCAUAGUAACGACUCUUGUUAGUGUGCUAGAGUGCCACGAUGCACCGAACAAGUCAAAUACAGACAAAGCAGAUGUGGACGGGGCUCAAGCAGAGGGAGUGUGGGAGAGAAAGGAAAUAAGUGUUGCGGAGACGGUCCAGGCACGAAUCGAUGGCGCGGCAAAGGUUACAGAGCUCAGUAAGGAAGAGAGGCAGACAGGACGCGGUAGAAUAGUGUCGAGGACGGUGAUGCUUUCGAUUAUUGUAUUAACGUGCGCCGUAUACAGGAGGUGACUCUAACGGAGCAUCGAUACUCGUUGCUAUUAACUGGUGUCUCGAUUUCUGUGCUGUUCAUGUUCAUGUUGAUGGGAGAAGAAGAUCGAAGAGGAAGUGAAGGCGACACCAGCCACAGCCACGCGCAAGCCACAUGCCUGAGCCAUAAGUCACUAGCCACGCCCUCAAGCCAGUUCAGCCACUUUCUCAUGAUUAUGUCAGCCGCAUCUGAGUUCAACCUCAAUGUUCCGUGAAGCGUAAAGCACCACUGGCACCCUUCACCUUCGUCUCUCCCCGUCAUUCACUUCCGAGUUGUACAACACCGAUGCGAGCGUGAACCGCUCCUUAAUGGAGCCUCUGUCAACGCAGGCGCCUCCCCAGGCUCCCUCCUCCCGGUCCAUGGUCGAUAACUAGCAAUACACAUCGCGCCGAUGGAGGCCGACUGGGAUGAAAUCACUCGCAUCGCGGUGCCCUCAUCCGGCCUGCAUGCAAUUCCUACUCCAGCCAGCGCCGUUGCGUUUGAUGAUCAACAAGAACUCUUAUGGGUCGGUAACGAUCAGGGACGAGUGACAGCUUUCUAUGGACCGGAACUGCAGCGAUAUGUUUCUGUCAAGGCUCAUCUCGGCGAAGGCCCAGUCAAACAGUUCUUGGUCCACGAAAAGGGCAUUGUGUCGAUCUCAGCCUCGAGUGUCCAUUUUGUCACUCGCCGAGGCUUGACUCAAUGGCAUCUCUCCCACCGGCUUAUGCUUGACCUUCGAUGUAUGACCUUCACGGCUACUAACAACCUCAUCUUGGUGGCAGGGUGCCAAAGUACCUUUUUCAUCAUUGACGUAGACAAAGGCCAGAUUGUAUCUGAGCAUGCCGCUCAAGCCAAGUACACCAUCUUGAAAAAGAGUCGGCAUAUUUGUGCCGCAACCGACGAUGGCAAUGUGCACAUUCUCAGCUUGAGUGACUAUUCCCUGCUCAAGACGUGGAAGGCACAUUCUACUGCCGUCAAUGACAUGGAUGCGCGCAAUGAUUUCCUGGUAACCUGCGGCUUUUCUGUCCGGCAACUGGGGGUACCUAUUGUUGAUCCACUGGCCAAUGUCUAUGAUCUCAAAACGCUCACUUCAUUACCACCAAUUCCUUUCCAUGCAGGGGCUGCCUACGUACGUAUGCAUCCGAAACUACAAACAACGAGCUUUGUUGCGUCACAAACGGGUCAAAUGCAGGUGGUGGACCUGAUGAAUCCAGUCAAUGUCAUGCUCAAACAAGCAAACGUCCAAUUCAUGUUAGGCAUGGAAAUAGCCCCGUCUGGAGAUGCUCUCGUCAUCACCGAUACAAAUGGCCUGAUAUACCUCUGGGGUUCUCCUUCCAAGGUCCGCUUCAAUAAUAUCAGCAAAGAAACUGAGUUUGCGGAUCCCACUCCGCCUCCUGCCGCCCACAUUGACUGGAAUGAUACACCGCUCAACACAAUUGGGAUGCCAUACUAUUCCGAACCAUUGUUAUCCGCGUGGCCUAGUCACAUGGUCUUUGAGGUUGGCGCGCCACCGGUGCCGAUUGAACCUUCUCUUCAUUUCCAUAUGCAGCCAGCCGAGAUGGGUCAUUACGCCCCCAACCUGAAUCCAAGAAAGCUUCGCCGCUACCAGGUGGAAGAUACCAGAGCGGGACAGGUUCCAGCAUCAAUAGCGGCCCCCAAGUUCCUGAGUGAGAAAGCGAAAGAGGCCACCGCAAAUGGAAAUGGCAGGAAGCUUUCUGAUGCCGCCGAAUCGCUGGCGGGUAUCUCCUUGAAUGGGCGAGCUCAGACUGACGAGGAGCGGAUGCUCAAGUACAGCAACGUCGAGAUCAAAUACAGCCGGUUUGGGGUGGAUGACUUUGACUUUCGAUACUACAACAAAACGCCGUACUCGGGUCUGGAAACACACAUUGCCAACUCAUUCGUCAACUCCCUCCUCCAACUUUAUCGAUUCAUUCCACUGAUCCGCAAUGUUGCCAUCCAACAUGCAGCAACCUCGUGCGUGGCCGGUAAUUGCCUUCUUUGUGAAUUCGGCUUCCUUUUUGACAUGUUGGAAAAGGCGAAAGGGCAGAACUGUCAGGCAACAAAUUUGCUUCGAGCAUUCGGCGCCUCCAGAGAAGCUGCGAACCUCGGCCUCUUCGAACAUCUGGCCUUGGCCAAUGGAAAUCCACUCUCUGCGACCAUCCAAGCAGUGAAUCGAUUCUUCAUGAAACAAAUGGCACAUGAUUAUGUAACCAUGGCUGCCAACAGUGAGGGUAUUGACGAGAUCCUGGCCAGCAACGCCUUCGAGGCAAUCCGGUGCAUGUACUGUAACCACGAAACAACCAAGGCGGCCAGCACUUACGUACAUGAUCUAACCUAUCCGCAGAGCGACCCAAAACAAUCGACGCGAUACCUCAAAUUCUCAGCAAUACUGAAGACGACCAUUGAGCGGGAGGCAAAGAACAGGGGAUGGUGCAGCAGGUGUCGAAGAUACCAACAACUCGCCAUCCGCAAGACCGUUCGAAGACUGCCAAUGGUGAUGAUGAUCAAUGCAGCUCUGACCGGCAAUCCAGCAAUGCGUGGAUUAUGGGAAACUCCAGGCUGGCUUCCAUCGGAAGUCGGGAUCAUGAUUCAAGACAAGAACGUGUAUUGUUUUGAAGGAGCCGACCUGGCGGUGCAUCUACGGAACAAAUCGCCCAAUCUUGUUGUGUACGAGCUCGUUGGGUUCGUGGCUGAGAUCGACACCAGUGAAAGACAUCAACCACAUCUUGUCGGUAUGGUGAACGUCGAGGUUUCAAGCCCCGAACCUGAAAGCACACCGAACCACAAGAUUUUCCCCAAUUGGCAUCUCUUCAACGACUUUUUGGUGACACCAGUUGAUCCGCGAGAAGCAUUGCAUUUCAACAAGAACUGGAAAAUGCCCAGUGUGGUGGCUUAUCAGGUUAAGAGUGCACAUGGCAAACUUGACCACUCAUGGAAAGACAAUAUGGACACGACUUUGUUGUAUCAGCAUUACAGUAUCAACGGAUUGUAUCCCAUCGACGAAUGUAAAAUAUUGUCCCCGGACGAACAUCCGCAACAUGGGACGCCGAUCGCUCUGGAUACGGAGUUUGUUGAACUGGAAAAGGCCGAAAUCGACUUUAAGGCUGAUGGGACGCAGGAGACCAUUCGACCAGCCAAGUCGGGUCUUGCUCGAGUGAGUGUUUUGCGUGGCCAGGGAGACCUGGAAGGAGUGCCGUUCAUUGACGACUACAUCACCAUUUACGAGCCGAUUGUGGAUUACAAGACACAAUAUUCUGGCAUCCGGCCUGGCGACCUCGACCCUCAGACUUCACAGCACAACCUUGUCCCACUCAAGGUCGCAUACAAGAAACUCUGGAUCUUACUCAACCUCGGUUGUGUCUUUGUCGGACACGGACUGGCAUCGGAUUUUCGCAAAGUCAACAUCCACGUGCCCAAGAGUCAGACGGUGGACACACAAUUUUUGUAUCUGGCGCCUGGCAAGAAUCGGCGAUUUUCAUUGCGAUACCUGGCUUGGGCUGUUUUUAAGGAAUACAUCCAAGAAGAGACCACAAGCAGUGACUCGCAAGUCGACGGCCACGACAGCAUUGAGGACGCCCGCAUGGCUCUACGGCUGUGGCGGAAGUAUCAGGAAUACGAGGAUGCGGGGAUUGUGGACCAAAUGAUAGAAGACAUCUAUCGCAAGGGCGUCAAAUAUGGCUGGAAGCCUCCUCUACGAAGUAUUGGAGGUACACAAGUGCCGGAUGGCGUGGGUACCGGAGCAGCCAACAGCGCCGUGCCGAGUGGAAGAAACACGCCUGAUGCCAUGAGCCAUGCGCUACCCAUCUCACCGCCAGCCUCACGGGGUAGUGGGAGUGGAACUGGCAAUUCUGGAGCUGGAUCUGGAGCUGGGGCGUUCAGGUUGAAUGCUGCGGGCGCGGGGACGUUUGUGCCUGGGAAUGGAAUUGUAAAGGAGAGUCCUCUCCGAUAGGCGUGCAGUUGCAGCAGUGGGAGGAUAACGCCGGUAGACGAUUAUCGAUAUCAAUACGAUUGUACUGGCUUCCUCUAUGAGCGCUCUGCUUAUGGGGGAGGUUUCCAACGCCAGGCAGUGCAGUAGCAGCAGCAGUAGUAGGAGUCGUUGUCAUCCUGUAAGAAAGCCUGCCAAUCAUGGCAUGGAUCUAUUUUUAUAUCUGG